AUGGGUGCUUGUAUUAGUCUAGUUAAACCUAGUAAGAAUGACCCUGAAGUGCAACGAAGCAAGAGCAUAGACAAGCAGAUCAAGGCAGAUGAGAAAAAGAUGAAGAGUGAAGUCAAAGUGCUAUUGUUAGGAGCGGGAGAAUCUGGAAAGUCAACUUUGAUAAAGCAGUUACGUUUGCUCCAUGCUUCAGGAUUUGAUGAUAGCGAAAGAGAAAGUUAUCGAAUCGUUGUAUUUUCAAACAUCAUUAUGGAAAUGCAAACAAUAUUUGAAGCUAUGCAGUUAUUAAGUAUACCUUUUGAGCAUGAGUCCAAUGCACAAUAUAUGCCUUUAAUACAAGAUGUCAGACAAUUAGGACAACGAGAACCAUAUCCAGCGUCAUUUUUAGAACCAUUAAAAAUUCUUUGGGCAGAUGCCGGUGUACAACGCGCGAGAAGUGAAGCCAACACCAUGUUUGCGUUACACGACAAUGCAAUCUAUUUCUUUUCACAACUAGACAGAUUCUGGGAACCUGGAUAUAUGCCAACAGAUCAAGAUAUUGUUAGGUGUAGAGCUAAAACCACAGGAAUUGUCGAGACAACGUUCCAUAUCGGACCUUUAACCUACCGCAUGUUUGACGUUGGCGGACAAAGGAGUGAGCGGAAAAAAUGGAUACACUGUUUUGAAAAUGUCACAGCUGUUCUAUUCGUGGUAGCAAUCAGUGGUUAUGAUCAAUGCUUAGUUGAAGAUAAGGAUUCAAAUCAAAUGCAUGAGUCGCUCAUGUUAUUUGACAGUAUCUGUAAUUCAGUCUGGUUCAAGAAUACGUCAGUGAUCUUAUUCUUAAACAAGAUAGACAUAUUUAAAAAAAAGAUACGCAUAUCCCCUGUUUCAAAAUGGUUUCCAGACUUUGAAGGCAAUGAUGAUAGUUUUGAUCAAACCGUUGGAUAUUUCAAGAGACGAUUUCACAGGUUAAAUCAAAACAGUAAUAAGCGUUUAUAUAUUCAUUGUACGGACGCGACCGACGGACGUCUCUUAGACAACGUCAUGACAGCAGUAUCUGACAUUAUUUUAAACGAAAACCUCAACACCUUAAUGCUGUAA